AUGUUGUUGUCACUAUACACAGAUAUCGAAUUUAAAUCACAUUUUAGAAUGGAACGUAAUACUUUUAAUUUUUUAUUAUAUUUGAUUGGACCAAAAUUAAACAAUAUUCCAUUUAAAGGAAGAGAACAAAUUGAUGUUACAAAACAACUAUUAAUUACUAUUUAUGUUUUAGCAACACCAGAUUCAUAUCGCUCCAUAAGUGAACGAUUUGAUGUGUCCAAAUCAACUACUUGGUUUAGUGUGAAGAGAGUAGUUAGAGCAAUAUAUAGUAUUCGAAAUCAAUUUAUUAGAUGGCCUACCUAUGAAGAAGCUGAAAAUACUUGGACAAACAUUCAAAGACUAUAUGGCUUUCCUAAAGUUCUUGGCAUUAUUGAUGGAACGCAUAUAAAUAUUCCUCGACCGAAAGAAGAUGGCAAUAGUUAUAUAAACAGAAAAGGCAGAUUUUCUGUACAGUUACAAGUGAUAUGUAAAAGUGAUUUGUCUUUUAUUCAUGUAUUUGCUGGAAUGCCAGGAUGUGUCCAUGAUAUGCGCGUGUUUCUUUAUUCCGGAGUACAACAAUAUUGUACUCCAGAGUAUUUUCCCGACAAUAGCCAUUUAUUAGGCGAUGCAGCAUACAAUAUCCAAAAAAAUGUUAUGGUGCCAUUCCAUGAUAAUGGUCACUUAACUAGAGAACAAAAAAAAUUUAAUCAUCGCUUAUCAUCUGCCCGAAUAACUGUAGAAAGAUCAAUAGGACUAUUGAAAGGACGAUGGCGAUAUUUAUUAGAUAAAUUACCUAUGACAAGAACUAAUUUAAUUCCUUAUUAUAUAAUUACUUGCUGUAUAUUGCAUAACAUAUGUUUAUUACAAAAUGAUCGUAUUGAAAUCCCUAUUAUUGUUCCUGAAAUAUUGCAUGAAAUGGAACCAUUAGGUAUCACUAAUAUCUUAAAGGAAGAAGGAAAUAUUAAAAGGAAUAGACUGAUGGAAAUAAUUGCUCAUGAUGAUUUUGAAAGAAGAAUUAAUAAUUAAGAUUCGUAACUGCAAAAGGAUAAGAUAUUGUAUUAUUUAUUUAUCUUUUAUAAUAAAAUAUAUGUAUUGAUAUGUGA